AUGGCGCCUGACCCCGACCGCAAUAAAAUGCGCACCAUGGAAGCCCCUUCGAACUUCUACCCGACCUACAUUGGUGAAGUUCUCGCGUCCAAGUACAGAAUUGUUGGGAAGCUUGGAUUUGGUGCCAGCUCAACGGUUUGGCUCGCCUGGGAUCUGGAGAAGCAGAACUACGUCGUUCUCAAAAUCUUUGCACGAUGCCUGAGUUCAGCCUUGGACCACGAGGUGACGAUCUACAAAUAUCUAAACACGAUUGAAUCCGACCAUCCUGGACGGAAAUAUGUUCGCACCUGCCUUGAUAGCUUCGAGGCCGAAGGUCCCGAUGGCAAGCAUCAAUGUCUCGUCCACCGUCCUCUUUGGCAAAGCCUCAGGGCACUCCAAUACCAAGACAGCCGGCACAGACUCACAGAAGAGCUCCUUAGACCGCUGCUUUCCUGCCUUCUUCGAGCAGUAGACUAUCUGCACAGCGAAUGUCACUUGGUGCAUACAGAUAUCAAAGCAAGCAACAUUAUGCUUGGUCUCGGCGAUGACUCAGUUCUGGAAGCCUUUGAAAAAGACGAGAUAGCUAACCCUAGCCCACGAAAUAUCUACGCAGACCGCACGAUCUACCAGUCUCGCCCCAUUGACAGGCCAAAGGUGAUUGGACUUCCCGUCUUGAGCGACUUUGGCCUAGCUCGAUUCGAAGGAGGAAAUAGCGACGAUGAUAUUCAGCCAGAAAUUUACAGAGCACCCGAGGUCUUACUGGACAUGAGCUGGAGCUACAGUGUUGACAUCUGGAACAUUGGCGCCAUGAUCUGGGAUGUUUUUUACGAUAAACAUCUGUUUGAUGCUUACGACCCGGUCACCAACAAGCUUUCAAAUAAAUAUCACAUCUCAGAAAUGGCAGCAUACCUUGGCCCGCCCCCCCUAGAGUUUUUGCAAAAGAGUGAGACUAGUUGGAAGUAUUUUGACCGAUCAGGUAUGUUCCUUCGUUUCGGGAGUCUGUUGGGUCGGUUUGAAGGCGAAAAGAAGGAGCAGUUUCUCAACUUUAUCAGGUCAAUAUUGCGAUGGGAUCCGAAUGACCGGCUAACUGCCCGUGAGCUCCUCGAUGAUCCGUGGUUAAACGACUAUAAAGUUUGA